AUGCCGCGCCAAGACUUCUUGCGAGAUCUUGAUCAGGCAGCGGCCGCUGACCGCUUUCCCUGCCUCUCCAACAUCAGGGCAGGGGAGUAUGAUGGAUCAAUCUCAUUUGACUUCAUUGACCCCGUCACCGAAGUUCAUAUUGAUCUUCAGGCUAUUGUGUCAGACUCCCAUGAUUAUCUCAAAAAUCACACUUAUCUCGUCUUCGCAACCUCCGAGAACUGCCCACCAACAGUCAAUAAGCUUCUUGAAAAUUCAGUAGCUCUACUCGUGGGAUUCACAGUGGAUGAAAUGCUGAGCACGUUGGCGAGAAUCAUCACCGAUUCCAUGACCAACUCUGACUCCGCACCCAUAGUUUCCGGGGAUGAGAGCGAGUCUGAUUUUAAUGAACGUGAAUCAGUCAGCAGUACUGAGACUAACAAUCAAGAGUGGGAGUCUGAUGAGGAAGAAGACCUGUCGAUAUUCGCUCAAAGCGAUGCUCAGCUACGGGCCUACAUUCGCCGUGAUUUGGGUCUGGCCAAAAGAGCUGGGUUUAGAGUGGGAUACCUGGGCUCGGAGACUGGAAACUUCAUUGUGACAAUGUCAUGCCGCAUCUCCAAGCUCGCCAUCUCCGAUGAAGCCAUGCAUACCUGGAACGUCAAGCCCUCAGAAUACGUGGUGCUGCUAAUUCGCUACACGCCGAACUACAUGGAUCUGCAGAGAAUGGUGCAGUUGGAUCGCGAUACAAGGAAGACCUUCGUUCAGAUGCACGUUGGUCUCUGUAAUUCCUACAAACCAUCUCUGCAGCAGGCCAUGUCUGUCUUUCAGGGCAUACAAAAUUCCCAGACGGAGGAAGAGCACAUCUUUCCAGACAACGCGAUGGGAACCUUACGACCACUCUUCAUCGGGACAUCAUUGAACUCACUUCUUGAGGAACGCUUCCUGGGAAUUCUCAAAAUUCGCCUAGAGCAUUGCCUUUCAUGGACGGGAGCGGAGCUUCUCUUCCACACCAAUCAAGGAAAAACUCACGGUGGCUCUGAUUUGAAUUUAGAGCCUUAUCAGCAGCCAGAUAAUUGGGCGGCCUCAAGACCCAAGUUUCUUGCAGCAGAUCAUGUGGCCGAUAUGGACCGCAAAAUUGACGAGAUAUCUUUCCCUCUGUCAGCCAUGCAAUUCACUCUUCGACAUUUUGUGAAAUGUACGGAAUUUUGCUUGGUCUGCCACUGCAAAACAAAUGAUACAUUUGAAGCAAUAAAGCCGUACGUCUGCUCCAGUGGCCUUUGUUUGUACCAGUACAUGGCACUUGCCAUGGGGCCAAGUCUUGAAUACGAGAUUCGCUCACAGCCCCUCGUUGUUGAGCUUUUGAUCAGCCUUGCAUGCUACGGGGCCAUCUCAGGCGAUAUUGGAGAUCUUCCGGAGGGUCUUCGGCUUCGAGUGCCAGCAAAGUUAUCUCAGCCUGCGCCAGAGAAUGCAAAGCUUUGUGAUGGGGAUUUCAAUCCCGCCAAGCUCGAUAUGCGGACGGAUGUGCAUAAUAUUCUCCGAGCUGGUGACUGGAUUGUUAUUCUCGCUGAUACAAGCAUCCAUGGCAAUGCAGAAAUGAAACAGUGGCAUUGCCGUGUUGAGCACGUGAGUGAAACAUCUGGUCACAUGGAUCUCUCACGUCCGAUCUGUGAAGGUCGACAAUUGGGGCAGGAAGGCCUCCCAAGUGAUUACAUCAAGGUGAAGUUUGCGAUCUAUGACACAGACCUGGACGACUUGGAGCCAAUUCAAAAGCGCAGCAUGAUGUUGGCUCUCCUCGGUACAAUUCCAGAUGUCCAGACAAUGCACUCUUAUAUCAACAAAAACAAUGGAAACAACAACUCCCUCUCGAACUGGAAACAAGUUCUCUCUCCCGCCGCAUUGAACCUUUUACGCUGGGUCGUUGCCUCCAACAGAUCUUACAUCAGCCAAGACAAUCAGGAUCCAUCUUAUCAAGUGACUGGAAUGAACGGAUGGGUUCAAUUUCGCCUUGUUCAGGGCGCGGCCGACAAAGAGCAGCGCUUUACAGAUGCCGUCAACUCUGUCUCAUUGGCAAAGAACCCCAACCAUCCCACCCUAUUCGCAUGGCAUGGAAGCCCGACAUCUAACUGGCACAGUAUUCUGCGUGAAGGUCUUCAUUUUAAACGGGUCGUGCAUGGUCGUGCAAGUGGUCAUGGCGUGUACAUGUCGAGACAAUUCGAUGUUUCGAUAGGAUACGUUUCUAGACAUGGAUAUCUCUCCCUGCCUCCAAACCGUCUAGUCAUCGCAUCGGUGAUGUCACUGAACGAAGUCGUCAAUUCACCCGAAGACUUCGUAAGCAGCCACCCACACUAUGUUGUGCAGCAUCUGGACUGGGUUCAACCACGGUAUCUCUUUGUGAAAGCCGCGAGUCCCAAGCUUGCUGUGAUGGACUGGUUGGGGUCACCCCGCACCAAGUCACCAAGCAAAGGCCUGAUGUACAAACAAGAUCAAACUCGCCUUGCCUGCGGUCCUCAUGGAGGUCCAAUCGAAAUCCCUAUCUUGGUACUUACAGGCAAACGAGGACAAGACCUCCGUGCCAGUGCCAAUGCCACAUCCAAUUCGUGGAUGGGGAAACUUCUGUCAUCUCCCAAGAGACGUAAACUUUCCAUCGAAGGCGAGGGAUUAUCUGACAAUGACGAGGACAUGAGUGUCAAAACUGACGAGGAAGAUAUCAACAUCUUGCUAUCCGAUGAUGAACUCCCUCAAACUGAGACCCCACUUCCAACAAAACCUAUUGACAACGCCGACUUGAAGACCGACUUCCUUCCUGGGACCUUGCUAGAAAGCACCUUACCCAGACUCUCCCCUCCCCAAUAUGCAACUACCAUAGCCACAAAAGCCCUUCAACAGCAUCUGAACACAGUUCUCAAAGUCCAGAAGCAGGUCCCACUGCAGGAUCUCGGCUGGUACGUUGACCACAGUCUAAUCAAUACAGUUUACCAAUGGAUCGUGGAACUACACUCCUUCGACCCUGAAAUUCCCCUGGCGAAAGAUCUGAAGGCAGCCAAGAUGCAAAGCAUCGUCUUGGAACUUCGUUUCCCUGCCCAAUUCCCCAUGGAGCCCCCUUUUGUACGAGUGAUCCGCCCCCGAUUCCUCGAAUUCAGCCUGGGAGGCGGCGGCCAUGUCACGGGUGGAGGUGCCAUGUGCAUGGAGCUUCUCACGCAGUCUGGAUGGCUGCCAACUUCCUCCAUCGAAAGUGUGCUGCUGCAGGUCAGGAUGGCUAUCUUAAACCCGGAGCCCCGACCCGCGCGCUUGUCGCAACGUACUUCGAGGCAAGAAUAUUCGGUUGGCGAGGCUGUGGAAGCUUAUAAACGGGUUGCGCUUGCUCAUGGCUGGAAGAUCUCAAGUGAUUAUGCGCAGAUUGCGUGGUAA